AGAUCUCCAGCCUUCCCCCCGCCCCCCCGAAGAAGGGUCGCCACGGAGAAGCGCCGCCAUUUCUCCCUGCUGCAAAGCCUAGGGCAUGAGAAGCCAGACCCACCUGCCUCCCCCGCCCCAGGAAGCCAUCCUCUUCCCAGGGUGCUACCCGCCAAGCCCUUCCUGUGGUAACUGUUGGUCGGGGGGGUCUUCCCGGCACCUCCGGGGUUGCUGCGACCCAGCUCCCUCCAAGGCCGAUAAGGCCCUGCCGGGGCCAGGGGAUCCAGCAAGAACCCCGAGCCCACCCCAGAGCCCUAUGGGACUCCCUUGGAUUCCAGAACUUUCUGUCAGGCCGGUCUGAGCCCCCCCGGGUCGCCCCCCACAAGGGAGCCCACAUCUAGGACGUCUCCCAAGGACAUCAGAAACUACCCACCGGAAGAGGGACUUCAGCUUCCGGAACCAGUGGGCAUCUCGGCCCUGGCUCUUGACCCCAAGCACCAGCUCGCUGCUGGUCGACUCCCCUCAGCUUUCUAAGGCCCGGUCUCCCCAUCUCGCCUCCCCCUCCCGCCACCAUGAGCCACAGCACCAGCUCGCGUCUGGCCGACUCCCCUCAGCUCUCCAAGAGCAGCCUCCUGACCAUCCUGGGCAGCCCCUCCCCAGAGCGCAUGGGCCUGGUGGACUCGCUGCCCCCGACACCACCCAGCGGGACGCCCUCGCCCGGCCCGCCGCAGCUGCCCCCACUGGGCGGCGGGGCCGGGCCGCUGGACGGGGACUGGGAGAGCCGGGAGGAGCUGCGGCUGCGGGAGCUGGAGGAAGCGCGGGCCCGGGCGGCCCAGAUGGAGAAGACGAUGCGCUGGUGGUCCGACUGCACCGCCAACUGGAGGGAGAAGUGGAGCAAGGUGCGGGCUGAGCGCAACAAGGCCCGGGAUGAGGUGCGGCAGCUGCGGCAAAAGCUGGAGGCCCUGACCAAGGAGCUGACCGGCGCCCGGCGGGAGCGGCAGGAGGCCCUGAACGAGAGCGAGCAGCUCAGCAGGGAGCUGGCCAGGUGGAAGGGCGGCCAGGGGGAGGAGGGAGAGGGAGACAGGGAAGGGGAAGAAGAGAAGGAGAAGGAGCUGGACAACCGGGUGGCCUCGGAGAAGGAGAGCGAGGCGAGCGGGCCCGAGCAGGAGCCGGUGAGAGACGUGUGGACCGAGAGGCCGCCCAAGAACAAGGAGCUGGAGCUGAUGGAGAACCUCCUGAAGAGCAAGCACGAGGCGCCGGAGAGCUGGGAGGGGCGGGGCGUGGGGGGCGUGCGGGCCCCCUUCUCCCGCCAGGAACGGAACCGGAUGCUCUGGGAGGAGGUGUCGGUCAUCGAGGAGGAUGCCACCAAAGUGACCGCUCUGAAGCUGCGGCUGGACGAAUCCCAGAAGGUCUUGCUCAAGGAGCGCGAGGAUAAGCUGUCCCUCAGCAAGAACAUCGAGAAGCUGGAGGGAGAGCUCAGCCAGUGGAAGAUCAAAUACGAGGAGCUGACCAAGAACAAGCAGGAGGUUCUAAAGCAGCUAAACAUCCUGAAGGAGAUGCACCAAGACGAGCUGGGCCGCAUCUCGGAGGACCUGGAGGACGAGCUGGGAGCCCGCUCCAGCAUGGACAAGAAGAUGGCAGAGCUGCGGAGCGAGAUGGAGCGGCUUCAGGCGGAGAACGCGGCCGAGUGGGGUCGGCGGGAGCGCCUGGAGACGGAGAAGCUGAACCUGGAGCGAGAGAACAAGAAGCUGCGAGCUCAGAUCGAGGACCUGGAAGAGGUCCUGGCCCGCAAGCGGCGGCAGACGGCCAGCGCCCUGGAUUCCGACCUCAAGGCCAUCCAGGCUGAGCUCUUUGAGAAGAACAAGGAGCUGGCAGACCUGAAGCAUGUCCAUGCCAAACUGAAGAAACAGUACCAGGAGAAGAUGGCAGAACUAGCCCAUGCCAACCGGCGGGUAGAGCAGCACGAGGGGGAAGUGAAGAAGCUGCGGCUGCGGGUGGAGGAACUGAAGAAGGAGCUGGCCCAGGCAGAAGACGAGCUGGACGAGGCUCACAACCAGGCCCGGAAGCUGCAGAGAUCCCUGGAUGAGCAGACCGAGCAGAGCGAGAACCUCCAAGUGCAGCUGGAGCAUCUGCAGUCCAGGCUCCGGCGGCAGCAGAACCCUCUCUUUGGGAAGAUCCGCAGCGCCCGUUUUGGACCCGAGGAAUCUGGGGACGGUACCAGCGACCUCGACGAGGACGAGGACUUACAGAUACAGGUUCCCUAGCGCCCGGGGUCAGGAGGAAGAGGAGGAAGAGGUGGAGGAGGAGCGUGAGGGGAGAGCCUCUCAGCACCGUCAGCAGCGGCUCUGCCCCGAACACGGCUGUGAGGACGCGGGUGUUGUGGGAGGGCACGGCCUCCGUCGAAUUGCCGAAGCCAGGAAAGAUACAACCAUCGGAUCGCGAGCGGGGUCUUAACCCAAGAGAGGAGGCCCGCCCACUCAACUGCCCCCGGAGCAAGGCAAGACCACAUAGGCUGGAGCCUCCAGGGCCCCCUUCCUUGGCUUCCUGCUAGGCCCCCCCCAAAUCACACCCUGUCCUCUUGUCAGCUCUCCCCUCUCCCCAGCUUGCCUUCAGCCUUCUGACCCACUCUGCCCCCCCAGACGCCCUGGGAAUAACCCGAGAAAAUCUGGGAGCCAGAAUGGGGACCACAGAGGCAGGAUGGAGGCCGAGGUGAUGGGUGUGGAGGCCCAGUUCUGAGAAGUGUUCUAUGUCAUAUAUAUUUUAUAUAUAUAUAUAUUAUAUAUAUUUGUAAUCUGUUUUAUUAUAUAAACGAAUGAGCUGAGAGGAGAGGCGGUAACCCCCGUUAAGGCUCUGGGGAUCAUCUUCCCCAUAACAGAGUUUCGCCCAUAGGCCAGCGAUGGACCCGUGGUCCCAAGCCCGAAAGUUCUGUUCCCCCCAAGGCCCAACUUUCUCUCCCUCUCCCUUCUCUACCCCACUCCCUCUUCAGCGUAAGAGAACUACAGAAGCUGGGGGGCACUGGCCCGAGGGGGAGACCUCACAGAGGCACGGUUGGCUCUUGGGAGCACCGGAAGGUUGGGGCCACUCCCCCUCACCCGAUCCUCUCUCGGCUUGGGCUCCCAGUCGAUCCGGCUCGGGGCUCAGAUCCCCCAGUUCUGAGGCAGGCCCAGCCCUGGCCCUCAAUUUCCACUCCAUUUGGAGUUCUACCAGCCAUUUGCCAAGACCUCUCCAUCUCUUUCCUCUGCCUCUUUUCCCACCCCCAGCAUGGAGUCGGUCUCCCCCCAGAGGCCAGGCUCAGAUGCUCUGAGGCUGGCUGGGCCAGUCGCCCCAGGGCCAGAGGCUUGGGGCAAAUGAAAGCAGCCCAGGAAGGGAUCCAAAAGAAGGAAGAUUGGCCAACUUAUUUUUUACAAUUUCUGUCUUUUGUAAUAAACUGAGUUAAGAUAAGCUGAGGCUCAAAGAGUACGUCUUUGGUGUCGGGGAGCUUGGUCCUGUUGGGAGCGGUUUGGACUG